GAAAAAACUCUGUAUCAUUGCGCGACAAAACAGUUGUUUGGUGAGACGAGUUUCAGUUUAGGGCGGGGAAUUUUCAUAAUUUUGCUCUCGAAUUAACCACCUCUACACGAAUGUGGCGGAGGAACGCUGCCGGCCUGAUAAAGUUUGAUUGUAGUUUGGAGAUGAAGCUCGAGAAAAUGAAGAUUCCGAUCAGAGCAUAUCUGAAGAGGAUGAAGAUCCGGAUGGUGAGUGGAUACGAAACACUGUAUCCUUGGGUGGAGAUGAAAAUGACAAGGGCAAUUUGAAGGUUCUCUCACAACUUGAGAUACUCAGAGAGUCCUUUAUGGAGGAAUCUGUCUCAUCCCCUGGGAGAAAAGGAGCUUAUGAAAUUGAAGAUGAAGUUGAACCUCCUAUCUUCAAUGAUAGGAGUUCUCCCAACCACUACCAUGGAAUUGCCUCUGCCACCCUUGCUCGUUCCAAUAAAGGACUAAUCUACUUACCGGACAUAUCUUCGGUCUCGUAUUCUGAUGAAGAAAUUAUUUCUGAUUAUGAGAAAAUUGGUCCUGGCACCUCUAAAAGUGUUAGAGAAAAUUUGGCCAUCACAUGGUCUGAAGCAAGUCGUGAAGUGGAGGCAUUAGUCCGGUCAAAAGAGAAUCCCUGCUCUUCCUCAAGCCACCACGAUGUAUUUGUGAAGGAAAAGAAAUCCACUAGAGGAGGCGGGGGCCGGAGAAAGGCUAAGGUCAAAUUUUCAUUCCCCUGCCAUUCAGAUAAACCAGACCAAUCUUUGGUUGUAAGUGAUAGCGAUGGAGGGACAUCAUCUGACAAAAUCCUUAUAGCAGAUGAAAUUGGUGAUGUAGCUGAUGAUGAGAUGCACAAUAAUAUGGCUGACUCUCAGCUGAACAUUCAUAACAAACACAUACUUCCCUUUGAAAUGCCCCAUAAUCAUGAAACCAGAGGGCAUUCAAUGGCUGAGAUUCUAGGUGGCUUCCUUGAGAGAAGUGAUCUGCAAGAAGAAAGUUCCAAACUGGUUAGUCUCUCUUCUAUAAAUUUUCUCCUGGAUCUACAGUUUACAUUCAGUAGUACAUGGAUUCAGGAGAUCCAGAAAAGAAGAAGAAAGCAGGCUGUUUUUGUAAGAAAUGUGCUUCCAUUGGGUGAUAGCAUCCAAGAAGACAAUGAUUUGCCUGAGGCUUUAGAUAGUGACAAUUCUUUUGAAACUGAGGAUGAGGAGGGAGCUCAAAGUAUAAAGUCAAUAAUCUCUAGGACUAUGGCAGACCAAUUUCAUGAAGCUUUCAGAACAGUCUCUGAAAUUGAUGACAGACUAGAUGUUUCUUUUCCCAGACCUUUGUGUGGUGGAAUGUUUAGGAGGUUGCAGCAAGUAAUGCAAAUUGAGAAAGAAAGAGAGACGGAUUCCGUAAAGAAUGCAAGUGCAGAAACUGGUUUCAGAGAUGAAGAAACGCCAAUUUUGGUUAGAAUUUUGUCAAGGUCUCUCGAAGCAAAGCUGAUUGUGUGCUCUUGUACUUGUGUUGGAGAUGGAAAGACUUUUUCUAGGGAGGCAAGGACUAUCACUAUCAUCUUCAACCCAAGAAUGUCGGACAGUGUUGAUCUGGAAGUCAGCAACCUGAUACAUAUUCGCCCACCUUGGAAAGAGGUGCAGGUGAAAAAUGAAGUUAUCUUUUUAUGCUCACACUUCUCCCAGGUCCAGCCUUGACUUCGACUUCACCCCAAAUCAACAAAUUUUAAGAUAGUUUCGCAUAUAAGUUCUAUGUUUACUCUUUAACAAAAGUUAUUGAUCCUCAAUCUCAAUAAUUGUUAGAAUACUAUACAUGUGUCGUGUCGUGUCGUGUGUGUGAAAACAGCCAAGCGAAUAUGCUCUUUAAGCAUUUUCGAAAAUAAACCAAAGUGCUUUGUAAGAAGCAGUUGCGAUUUCGUCCUCAUAAAUAUAGUCAGAUUCGUUGA